CCGAUGGUGGAAUAGAGAGAGGGCUGUAGAAGGAGGGGUCUCCUUAGUUAUUAGUGUAGGGAAGUGCUGAGGUCUGCAGUUGUUGUGUUUGUCUUCAGCUUCUCUUUGUAGCUUAUUGCAGGUGACAUGUGGCCGGAUCCUGUGAUCUGUUAAUGAUUUAUGUAUAGGACUGCCUACAUCUGCAGAGGAAGAACUAGAUCAGACAUGAUUCUCUGAUGACAUCACACAGGAGGCUGAUGUCAUGGCAGACACAGUGAGAGUACUGAGUGGAGGAUUGUCUACUGAGCUGGAGGCUGCUGGAUUCAUCAUCCAGGGAGAUCCACUUUGGAGUGCAAGACUUCUUCAUACCAACCCACAAGCAAUAAAGGAUGUUCACACAAGUUUUCUCAAGAGCGGUUCUGAAGUCUUGACUACAGCUACCUACCAAGCUAGCAUUAAAGGAUUUGUACAACAUUUGGGUGUGAAUGUAGAUGAGGCAGAAGAACUUUUUAAUGUCGCAGUAUCCGUUGCUAAAGAAGCUGCAGAAGAAUUCAACACACAGUCCUUAGAAAAAAAAAAUAUUUUAAUUGCUGGAUCUAUUGGCCCUUAUGGAGCAUUUCUUCAUGAUGGCUCUGAGUAUACGGGAAGUUAUGUCAAAGACAUGAGUAUUGAGGAGUUAAAGAACUGGCAUCGGGUACAGAUGCAGUGCCUGGCAUCUGCUGGAGUUGAUCUGUUUGCUAUAGAGACUAUUCCUAGUCAAAAGGAGGCAGAAGCCCUGGUACAGGUUCUCAGGGAGUUCCCAAAUUCUAAAGCUUGGCUGUCCUACUCAUGUCAGAACGUAUCCUCUACCAGUUAUGGAGAUAAGUUUGAAGAAGCAGUGAAAGUUUCAGCAGCAACACCCCAGCUGGUGGCCAUUGGAGUGAAUUGCUGUUCCCCCGAUUUCAUUAGCCCCCUCCUAUCUUUAGCCAACAAAAAAUGCAGUCUACAGAUCGACUGGAUUGUUUACCCUAACAGAGGAGAGAAAUGGGAUCAUGACCUGGGCUGGCAAAGCGCUAGUAAUGAAAAACCUCUAUCUGCACAUGCUCUUGAAUGGGUCCAGUUAGGAGCCAAAUGGAUAGGAGGCUGCUGCCGGACCACUCCAUCCGAGAUUGAAAGUCUACGAGAAACUUUAUUGACCAGAGGUCCACACAAGCGAUAAAUAUAUAUUCCAAGUGCACUGUGAAAACUUUGUAAUGCAUUUAAGGAUAGUAAAAUGUGUUUUUUUUUUUU